AUGAUGCGACUCUGUCAGCUGUGUCGGCUCAAGAAAAGGAAAACCAAACCACCUCUUGAGUGUGACGCAGGACUCCGUGAUAGGGCAAUGCUUCCAUUCGUGUCGGUCCUUGUCCUUUCUGCCUUCGCCCUGGGUGAGCCCAACGUGGCCAAGGGUGAGGCUCUGUUCCAAAGUUCUGUCCGAGUCUAUGGCAGGAAGUCUUUUUCCGAUCAACGCCUGGACUUGGAGGAGGCUUCCCUGAAUCUGCUGGAGGCCGAGGCCGCCGACUCCCUGGAUGCGAUCGACACUGUGAUGAAACCCAAAGAGAAGGAGACUUUGACAGGCCUCGCACUUCUGUAUGCGGAUUUGAUUUGGAUCUGGGGUCUGCUUAGGGGCUCUGCUUAG